AUCUUGCCUCACGUUGUUUUGUUAUUUCCGCACCGCUUAGGUUGCGGGGCAGAUACGUUAAGUGUGUUGCUGUUUGGCGGUGUGAAACAACUAACUGUUGCAUUGGAACGUGAGGUUGAUUAUACCUGUCCACAGAAAAAGUUUGAGAAAUAUUUUACGCAUUCAUUGGAUGUUCAGUGCUGACGUCAUCAUGAGGGUGGAGAGAGUGACAGUCAAAUGUCCAGAUGGAUGUUUUGAUGUAUUUCUAGAAGAGUGAAGAAGAGAGGAGUGAAAUCUUCAUGUGUAAGUUCUGCUCAUAACCCAGAAGAAACUCAAUUCUCUUCUCUUCUCCUUUCUCAUAUUCCUUUUGUUCAGCAGAGACAUGGACAAACUCAUUCAUCUGAUCUUACUCUCUGGUCUUGUUUGUAAUCCAGGUAGUUUAGCAGAGAAUUUAGCAUUGAAAGGAACAACUACACAGUCCUCCACAUAUUCCACCUGGGCAGCUCAGAAUGCCAUAGAUGGUGUCAGAUACGGACCAGAUGCUUCUACACACUGCACUUCUACAUCAUCUGAGAGUAACCCAUGGUGGAGGUUGGAUCUCUUGGAUGUUUAUAACAUUAGUACAGUGAUCAUCACUGCUCAUAAAAGCCAUUUGAAUGCAGCCAGUGGAGCAGAGAUUCGUGUCGGAAACUCACUGGACAACAAUGGAAACAACAAUCUCGUAUGUGCUGUAACACCUGAUCCUCUGUCUGGUAAUACUGAAACUUACUCAUGUCAUGGGAUGGAGGGACGUUAUGUGAAUGUGAUCCUGUCUGGAGAUAAAAAUAAUCUUACUCUGUGUGAAGUUGAGGUCUAUGGAACAGAGAAUUUAGCAUUGAAAGGAACGGCUACACAGUCAUCCACAUUAUACGACCGGUUACCCGUAAGAGCCAUUGAUGGUGUAAGACAUGGCACAGAUACCAAUGCAUACUGCUCCACCACACAACAUCAAAGUGACCCAUGGUGGAGGUUGGAUCUCUUGGAUGAAUAUGAGAUUAAAUCAGUGAUCAUCACUGCUAGAUCAGACGGAUAUUUGGAUCAAACCAGUGGAGCAGAGAUUCGUAUUGGAAACUCACUGGACAACAAUGGAAACAACAAUCCCAUAUGUGCUGUAACACCUGUUUUUCAACAUGGUUACACCAUCAGUUUCUCAUGUCAUGGGAUGGUGGGACGUUACGUGAAUGUGGUCAAACCUGGACUUGCAUUUACUGUCUCUCUGUGUGAAAUGGAGGUCUACAAAACAGAGAAUUUAGCAUUUAAAGGAACAACUACACAGUCAUCUUUCACCUGGGUAUCUCAAUAUGCCAUGGAUGGUCAAAAAUAUGGCACAGAUACUGGUUCAUACUGCUCUGCUACUUUAUAUGAGAGUAACCCAUGGUGGAGGCUGGAUCUCUUGGAUUAUUAUAACAUCAGUACAGUGAUCAUCACUGCUAGAUCAGACUGCUGUGUGGAUCAAACCAACGGAGCAGAGAUUCGUAUUGGAAACUCACUGGUCAACAAUGGAAACAACAAUCCCAUAUGUGCUGUGACUUCUGGUCUUCUAGCUGGUCACACCAUCAGUUACUCAUGUCAGGGGAUGGUGGGACACUAUGUGAAUGUGGUCAUGUCUGGACGUACAUCUGCUCUCGCUCUGUGCGAAGUGGAGGUCUAUGGAAAAUUUUUAGGUUUCAGAAGAAAAACCUUUCUGAGGCUGAAAUUUUCCUCCAGUGUUGAUGUAGCUGCUGAGAGCGAGAAAAUCCUCCAACAGCUGCAGUCUGCUCUGGCAUCACACAUCUCUGAUUUUAAUCUGUCCUGGACACAACUACCCGAGAGAGAAGAAGAACCGGAGGAGGAGACACGUUCUUGUGAUAAAAAUCCUUAACCUGAAUCAUUUAAGCGUUGUUUUAAAGAUGUGUUUUGUUUCAAAUGUUUUUGGUUGUUAUGUCAUUAUUUAAUCUUGUUUAGUUUUAAUUGUUUAUUAUGUCCUUAUUUAAUCUGACCAGAUGACUGUUUAAACAUUAACUCUUGAUGUGAGAAACUGAAUAACACUAUUGAUUGAAACUGUUUUAGACUUUGCUGUUAAGUCUCAAGUUUAUUUACUACCAUUUUUUUUUAAUUGAAACUAAUAAAUGAUGUUAAUUCCCAGCAAUAUCAUUAUGGAGAAAACCUUUAGGGAGAGCCCGUGGUGGCUGGUCGAUAGAGGACGCAAUUGUUUCAACAAGUUCAACAAAGAGCUCAACAUUCCACACCAAAAUGUUAUGCCCUUCCCUUGCUAACUUCCCUCAGUCUCGUUGACUCGGACGUGCGUCAUUGCUCAGGUGCCCACAACUGAUGGAACUCGUGAAUAAGGUUUAAAUGGAGCGCACUUAGCCCUUGAUCACUUGGUGUUCACUAUUGAGCUGAAUUAUUAUAUAAACCCCUAUUCACUUAUGAAUUUGUUUAAUGCACUAUUCUAUAUACACAUAAGUUGUUGUAGAAAAUAUAUAUAGUUGUUGGUGAAAAAUAAAAUUACACAUAUAGUGACAUCACUAUCGGGUUGAAUUGUGGGAUUUAGAGCUGCUUGAAGUGUACAUACGAUAAAGACUCACUCUCGAGGGAACGAGGGUCUGUCCAUAUAAACUUUCCUCGUCCACUUCACACACUUCUAAAUGGCGGUGGGGAUUCCCAGAGAGUUGCUGUCAUAAAGGAAGGCGUUUUGGAUUUUCCGUUAAAAAGCUACUAUUUAUCCUGGAUUGGAUUUGAUUUCCUUUUUGUAACUCAUAUUUUUUUCUGUUGUUGUUUAAUUCUAUAGAUGUGUGAUAUGAUUAGUGGAUGAAUUGGUUCUUCCCAGCUUUAGCUUCUUUAAUGAGAGUUUACACCUGGGCAAUUCCAGCGUUAUGGACGUGACAUAAAAAUGCUCAGAGAAUGAGUUUGUUACGAUUAUAUUGAACCAUCUGUUUAUAUUUUACUGAACCCUUGUGAUAGAGUCUAAACAUCAAAA